AUGCAGAAGAGAAAGAAUUCCUGGGCAGCCUUUGUGGGAGGAGGCAACAAGAAGGGGGAGAAAAUGACUGGGGAAAAUGCAAGAAUACUGCCCAAGGCCACACAUGAGGAGAGAAAGAAGCAGGAGGCAAAAAGGAAAGGGAAAUUGAAAACCGUGGCAGGCAAAUUGCUGAAGACUGUGGUUGGCGGGAAGGAAACGGUGCAGAAGGCUGGCGCUGAGGAUGUGGCAGGGAAUUUGCUGAAGAGGCCAAGCAGUAGGAAAGGAGAGGAGAGAGGGACUCCUGCAGAGGAAACCAUCUGCAGACUCAUUGAGCAAGGAAAAUUUUUGGAAGCUUGUGAUCAAAUUCAUAAUCUGGAGCAUUCUGGAGAUGAUGGAAUGGGGAAGUCUGAAUCACUUUAUGAGCUGCUGGCUGAACGAAUGUGGACUGUAGUGGGAGAAGCACUCAGUGGAGGUGACAGGAUGCUCCUGGAGCCGUUGCAGUCAGUGGGGGAAUCACUGAAGUGGGAGAAGCAGAAGGAAGCAGAGUGGCUUGGCAACAGCCUAGAGACAGACUCUGUUUCCACCUGGAGCCCAAACUUCUGGAGAAAAGAUCUGGAGGAAAAGCUAAUGCAGUACAUGACAGCCCAGAUUCCCCUGCUUGAUUCCUCUACUGACACCAAUGAGACUGCCCUGAAACAGCACCUGAGUCACCUGGAAAGGACAUUUGUCCCCAGCCUCGAGCACAGAAGUGAUGUCUUCAGGGAAGCAGGACUGCUCGUCACCUAUGCCCGCUGCUGUCAUGCCUCCUUGUGCUCUCACCUUGCCACACUUACUGACAGAAACUGUUUCAGCUUCAGCCAGAGCCUUUUAAUUUAUGAAUGGAUCAUUAAAAUGUACAAAAGAGGCAGCCAGGCCUGUGAGAGACCCGGGCACAGCCUUUCCCUUGGUGCACAGUGCCUCGUGUGGAUCCUUUUGAAGACUGAGGAAAAGUUACUUGCAACAGCACGGAAGGAAGUGGGGAGAGCACUGAAAGAAGCCUUUGAUAUUGGGAAACCCCCUUGGGCAGAUGCUGCAGUCAUUGAGAUACUAACAGAGAAGACAGAGGCUGCCAGGCAAGUAAGCGAGAGCCUGGGGGAGAAGGUGGAAGCUGAGUGCCUGGAGGAGUGCCUGAGGUUCCUAGAGAGCUAUGAAGAUGAAGUGAGAAGUUUUAUCCAGCUUGAUGGCUGCUCACAGAUCUACAGCAGCUUACGAAUCCUGGAGAGUUGCUGCCUUCUCAGAACUGUCUGGCAUAAGCUAACAUACAUUUGCAGUGUCAGCACUGAGCAGAAUGUUAAGGUGAAUGGAUUUCUACACAGGAUGGAAGAUGAUAUUAUGGAGCAUUUUCUGCAAACCAUCACUACUAAAGUCAAGGGAACACUGAAGGACCACUUCAAAAAGUGUGACAGUGGUUUUGACCACAUCCUUGAAUCCUUAAAGCAAAGCUUUUUGAUCUUUGGGAAGAAAAAAACAGAUAUAUAUGAGGCCCUGCUCAAGGCUGUCAAUGCCAUCAUUAUUACAGAAUACAUGCAGGCCCUCCUGACCACUCCCAGGAAAACAUCUGCUGUGCAGAGGAGGAGGAUUGUCAACAAGAUAGAAGAAGAUCAUGGGAUGAUGCAAACCAUCUUUAAAGAGUGCUUAGGUCCUGCAGCUGGCUCUCUCAACGAUCCAAUAAAAGCAAUUUUAGAGCUUCUUCAAACUUCUGAUCCUGAGGGGAUGAAGAUAGCACUUCUGCCCAUUCUAAAAGAAUUUCCUGACCUCAGGAAGGACCAUCUGAGUGCAGUGCUGGACAUCAAAGAUUCACUCAGCCGAGAUGACAGAGCUGCUCUCUUGAAGGCAUUUCAUGAUAAUUGCAGGGAAUCAGAAACAGAAGCAAACUUGCUUUUUGCAGAUAUAGAAGUAAAACCUAGAAAAUGUGGACUCUGUGGCUGCCUCUGCUGUUAGCAAAGGCCUGCUGGGAGAAACAAGAGGCCUUGCUCUGCUGUGCUAGUGUCUGCCACC